UCUUUAAGGGAUGUUAAGGGUGAAUUGGCAAGGAUGACUUGGCUGUACAAAUGGAGGGGGCUUGGGACCUCCCAUGAGCAAUCAAUUUCCCUUCCCUCCACUCCUGCCUCCAUCUUCAAUAUCAGAGAAACCAGGAAGAGAAAGCAUCCCAUAGGCUAAUAAGAGCUGGUUUGGCCAAAUAUUGAGCAUCCAAGAUCUAGUUGCCACAAGAAGGUGCUGUCCCUGGGAUUCCAGUUGAGAGAACUUGGGCAGUUGUAAGAGUGCUAUUCCAGAGACUGAUCAGGCAAGCAAGUAGGAGCUGCCCACGUCACAUCUGCCCUACCUGAACCCUGCUGGUUGCUCCAGGAUGUGCUCAAGACUCUCCACGGGGAGCUGAACAGAAGCAGCCCCUGCUGUGUAUGAGUUUCCAGUCUAAGGUAAUAACACGGAAGACGACGAGGAGGCAGAGAUCAUACAGACUGCCGGAUUGCUACAGGUCUAAGAGCUUCUCCAUCUGCCUUCACCUUAAAGUAUGGCUGACCUCAACCUCUGGACCUGACUUGAGUCCUUAGUGGGAGACUUUCUUAGAGUGAGGAGGAACCCAGCCUUGGCAAAAUGGACCAAAUGUUCCCGGAGGCAGAGAGCCAGAGCACUACGUCCCUGGAUAUCCUGAAUGUAGUAGAAAGAAUGAGCAACCACUCAUGGGACAAAUGCUUCCGCACCAGGAAUACCAUCCUGAUAGGGCAGCCCUUUGGUGGCGUGCCCACUGUGUUUCUCAUAAACAUCUGCAUCUGGUUUAUUGCUCUUUGUGUCUUCUCCUUCUUCCGGAAAGCCGCCUGGGACUAUGGACGCCUAGGUCUGCUAACGAAUAAAGAAAGCUUGGUCUCACUGUUUUUUGGCGAGCAAAGUGAUAAGAAUUCCCCAGUGGACCCUAAUCUGGAGAUACAGAAAAAAGAUAAUGGCUACUUUUCCUGGUUCAUCAACAUUAUAAUCAUGAAGAAAGAGGAGCUGACUAAAAAGUGUGGAGAUGAUGCCAAAAUAUACCUCAAUUUCCAGACACACCUCAUUUUUCUAUUCCUGUUUCUUUGUGUGCCCUCCUUGACUGUCAUCCUGCCACUCAAUCACUCUGGGCGUCUUCUAGACUCUAAUAGUCAUUUCGGCCGUACCACCAUUGCCAAUGUCGGCAAAAAUGACAAGAUCCUGUGGGUACAUAGUAUAUUCUCCGUUUUCUACUUCCUUGUCACCUUCUGCUUCAUGGUCCACCAUGGCCGAGAAAUUAGCCCCAAGAAGGAAACAAAGGCGACCAAAACCCUGAUGAUCACUUACCUUCCCAAGGAAAUUUCAGAUCCUGCGAUCAUCAUCAAACAUUUUCAUGAGGCCUAUCCCAGCUGCACAGUGACCCAAGUCCACUUCUGCUAUGAUCUGAGAAGAUUGAUAGAACUGGAUAACCAAAGACAACACGCAAUGAAAGGCCGACUACUUUAUACCUCAGUUGCUCAGAAAAAUGGGCCAACAAUGAUCCGAGUGCACCCCUGUUCUCGUAUCUGCUUCUGUCAGUGCUGCACAUGCUUCAAGGAGGUGGAUGCUGAGCAAUACUACAGUGAGCUGGAGGAGAGGUUGACUGAUGAGUUCAAUGCCGAACGAAACCGAAUCUACCAGAAGCGUUUGGAUACAGCCUUUGUCACCUUUCAAGAUGAGAAGAUGACAGCUGUGAUCCUAAAGGAUUUCCGGUGGGUUUAUUGUGGCAAAACUCCACAACAAUCCUCAGUGACAUCGGUAGUCCAGUCUCAGAAAUGGAGGAUCUUCUAUGCCCCUCAUCCUAAGGAUAUUCUUUGGCAGCACCUAUCCAUCCGUGGAUUUUAUUGGUGGGCACGUUUCUUAUUUCUCAACUCUUUCCUCUUCAUCCUGAUCUUCUUCCUCACCACACCGAGCAUUGUUAUCAACACCAUGGACAUGUUCAAUGUCACUCGACCCAUCGAGAAUCUCCAGAAUCCCAUUGUGACGCAGUUCUUCUCUUGCGUGCUAAUGUGGGCUUUCACUGUGACCCUUCCCCUUAUCGUCUACUCUUCCUCCUUUUUGGAGGCACACUGGACUAGGUCACACAGAAAUCUGUUCACAGUAUAUAAGUGUUACUUCUUCCUGGUGUUCAUGGUGAUCAUCUUGCCUUCGUUAGGACUGACCAGUUUGGAUCUUUUCUUCCAAUGGCUCUUUGACAAAUCCUUUUUGGACCGUGCAGAAAUGAAGUUCCAGUGUGUGUUCCUUCCUGACAAUGGGGCCCUCUUUGUUAACUAUGUCAUCACCUCUAGUCUGAUUGGCAUGGGCAGUGAAAUGAUGCGAAUGGAGUCACUUCUCUACUACAUUAUACGCCUCCUGUUCUCCAAAUCUGAAGCUGAACGAGUAAACAUCAGGCAGAGGCAAGUCAGAACUUUCAAGUAUGGACGGGAAUAUUCCUGGAUGGCUUGUGUUGUCAGUGUUGUGAUGGCAUAUAGCAUCACCUGCCCCAUCAUUGUCCCAUUUGGGCUGCUUUAUGUCUGUAUGAAGCAUAUUACUGAUAAGUGCAACUUGUAUUACACCUACGCCCCUACCAAACUUAAAGAAGACUUUCAUAUGGUGGGAGUUUACCAGGUGAUCCUGGCAUCCCUCCUUUCUAUGUUCUGGCUGCUCUUCUUCUUCAUUGUCCGCCUAGGUAGCCUUCAUCCCAUCACUCUCUUUGCCUUUACGACCCUCCUCGCUUCCAUCGUGACUUCCUUCAUUAGUCUUUGCUUUGGGAAGUUUUGGAGGAAACAGCCUGACUCUGAGAGAGAGCCGUCAGAUACAGACUCUAGCGGAUUCAGUCUUCGAAGAAGUGUUUCUUCCUCUACUUUCAUGUGCGAUUUGUAUGUGGCCCCGGUGCUUCAGGAACUAGAGAUGAGCCUGACUCCAGCCACGUCUCCGGGCCGUCAGUCCUAUGGCACCAUGAGCAGCCAGCUGGAUGCCUUGGAUAGGGAGGAGGAAAGUGAGCCACAGAGCUUUUCAUCAGAAGUGGAGACUGCCGAGGGCGAGUUCCAAGAGGGGCUAUUAAUAGAAGACCACAAUUAAUAAGGAUCACAUCACCCAUCACCACCACCAAAGGUGCUCCCACACCAGGUGGAAUGUCAGCAAGAAGAGAAGAACAUGGCAGGGAGUAGAAGGGUAGAUCCAAUCUCCCCCUUCCUUUCAACCCACAUGCCCACUCCCCCAAAUCCUCUAAGGCUGCCAGUUGUAAUCCUGCCUCCAUCCCUGGGCAUUGGCAGGUUAAGAGAUCCCAGUCACAUUUGACUGGCUAGAAAGUGAAUCUGGUGGAAGAUGCAGUCUGGCCCUCUGGACUGAAAGUGCUAGCAAGCUCCAUGUCUCAGAAGGGGCAGCCAGUGCCUCAGACCUAGGAAUUGAUAUUUGUACUUCCUUAAAAGCAGAUGAGAAAAAGGAAGAGCAGGAGAGAGGGGUCCAAAGGGGUACCUUAUCCUUUUGCUCAGCAGCCUCUGAAAGCCCUUCUCCAAUGUGUUUGCCUUUCGGAAGAGCUGCCACUCAAAUAAUCCUUUCAGUACUCCUUCCCCUGGAGACCCAAAGAGAUCUCUGCUGUUUUGUGGCUGGCAGAAUCAUCAAGGAGCAAGAAAAUGGGCUGGGCUGGCCAACCCUAAGAAGGGGAGCUCCUUAGUCUCUCCCACCUCAGGAUUAGAGGAAGAUGCCUCCCCGAAUUCCUGGGGUUGGAGGUUUUCCCCAAAUAAGAGUUCAUGAGAAAAAAAAAUAUUCUCUCUAAAAAGAAGGGAUUCCUGUGGCCCUUGAGGCCUCACCCUAGCCAGAAAUAUAGAUACAUGAAUAGCCAGAACCAAGGAUUACAUUGAAGGAAUUCUUUUGGGUUGUCACCUGUCUUGCCUCCACUCCUCUUCUUCCUCUUUCCUGCCAUUUGCUAGAUUUCUCUGGGCAGAAUAGUGUUGAAAUAAGGUAAGGCAGAAGAGGAAGAGAGGGAAGACAAGAGAACCUUGGCCCCAUGCUCAAUGACCUGCCCAAGUGAGGGCAGAAGUCAAUAGGAGUAGAAUCCUCAAGAAGAUGUUAGAGUCCUCCAAACAUUUGUAGAAGUUGGGGGGGGGGGUAAAAGAGAAAGAAGUAGGCAUUCAUCCAAAAGUACUGAGAGAUGUAAAGCAUUGGCCAUCCCAUCUCACAUUCACCCAGGAAUUGAUCAUCUCACUCAGUUCCAACAGAAUGGUAAGGGUGGCAGCCAUGUGAAAUGUUUCCUGCUAGCUGCCAUGUGAGUGCCUCUGGUCCAGGACAGGACCAAAGUGACUAGCAGCUGAUGGUAAGAAGCCCCUGCCCAAACCUUAGGAUGGUGACUAACCCCUAUCCCCCAAACAGGACAUCAUGACUUUGUGUUCAAUCAUCUCUUCAAGCUUCCCUUUGCUGGUCUCUGUCUUGUCUGGGAGGGGGACCCAGGUGAGAUAUUACUAUGUCAAAGGGAAUAGAAACAAUUUCCUGUUUGUUGGAGACUUCUGCCUUCACCCCCACGUUGACCCACAGCCCAGACGCUGCUGCUGGCCGCUUUUUCUUCCAGCCUCCCUCAAUCCCCAGCAGAAGGAAGCCUAGAAUGAUGGAUGGGAAGCUAUCAUCUAACUUGGACAAUGAACACCCGUUAUCUUAAGUCAUGCUGCACCCAUCUAUGUUCCCAAGAUGGGCUCCCUCUAUCAUUAAUGCUGCUCUCUUCUUGGGGCUUAAUCAGUUCAAAGUCUGAAGAGAGGCAAGAGGAGGACUGUGGGAAAUGGAUAUUAAGAACUGUCGCUUCUACCAUCUCUCUCGACUCCCGUGCAGACAGCUCUGGGAUAUAUAAUGGGCUGCCACAUGUACUGGGCCUUGGCAGUGCCACCCAACAGUUGGUACAGGAAGUUAAAAAAAAAGAGUACCUCUGGUGGUGUAGUCAGAGCUUGGGAAUGAGCCAAGGACAGUGUUUGUUCCUGAGCUCUGAUCUAAUGCUUCCCUGUUGGAGGAGAGGAAAAGUGGGAAUAGGAUACUCUCUCUUGAAGACCUGAAUGACCCUCACUUAUUGACACAGCCUCUGGAAUUUUCUUGGCAGUUUCUCGGUGUUUGGAAAUCCUCAAACCUAAGAGAGGUACUUUAAGUGGCAGAUGCACCAGUUUCUAAUGCAAGGAGCUAUCCUAUUACACACAUGCACUCAUGCACCCAAUCCCAUUCUGGUUGAAGCUGGAGCUCUAGUGAUGAAAAAUGCUCAUUUACCCAAAGUGCUUUGCCUAUUCUUUGGGUUGACCAGGUGGUACUAGAAAUGGUGGAGGGAUUGGGGAAAGGAGGGACCUUAUCCCAGAGUGGAACUGGGUUAUACUGAUGGAGCAGGGCAAGGAAAAAGGAGCAAACUGGGAGAGGAGGAGAUUAUAACUUACUAAACCCUAAAAGUAAAAUUACUAAGCCAAAGGGCUUUAUUUUUUCUCUUUUAAACCAGCUAAUGAGGGGAAAGGAAGGAUCCUUUCCAUUGCAGAGCAGCGUGGGAGACCCAGACCAAGUGCUCUCUGGCCUCUUCAGGCUUUCCACAGGUUUACACCAUAGAGUUUGGGAGCCCAGGUCAGUCAGAUCAGCAGCAUACCCAGAAGGUAGCCAGGGAUGCUAAUUUCUUAGGCACACUCCCAUUUGUUACCUGCUCUCUACCUUGGUUUCAUUCAUUCAUUGCACCUUCAUCCUUCUCCCCCAGGAGGGGAGCUUGAGAGUGAGGGAAGGGGAACCAGUUUUACUUCAUGUUCAACACAAGUGGAGUUGAUUCCAAUCCAUCUGGUAAAUGAACAGGCUACCAGGCACAAACACCACUGGGCAGGGGCUGGGAUUCAGUCCCACCUUCACCAACGUCUGGAUAAUAGAUUUGAUGAAGUCUAAUUCCAGGGGAAAAGUAGUGUGGAAAUGAGGGGACUCAAGUGUAAUUUGUCUCCCUUCCUUGGACUGUAUAUAUAGCCAAACAGUCUUCUUUCCCUUCAAAGCCAUUCUACAUAUGCUGACACAAAUCUAGUCAUCAGCCUUCCUUCCUAUUACACUCCCUUUGUCCGUUACAUCCCCCAUACACCCAAGGUACACCUUCCCAAUUGCUCCUAUAGAUACGUGGAUCCUAUGCCCUUACCCAAAGACACUCUUCAGGCCCCUAACUUUUCCUUUUAUCCAUGUUAUAGCUUAACUGUCUUAUAAAGUCAUUCAAGUGUAUCUAUUCCACAUAGGAAUAUGUGGAACCACCCCAACCCUAUAUUCCACAUUCUAAAAACAUACACAUACCCUCACGUCUAUUCCAUAUCUUCACAACUUUAACCAUAUGUUAUCAUUCUUCCCAGUCCCACCCUACAUCGAUUCAACAACCUGACCAUCUACACGUCCAAAUCAUAUAUACAUUUAAGCCCCUUGGAAUGUGAUACCCCACAUUCACUCUUUUGAGAGAAUUGAAUAUUCUUCUGGUGAGGGGAGGGUGGAAACUAUGUCUGGACUCUGUCCUUGAACAGACUUCUUUGGGAGCCAGUUCCAGUUGGGCACCCUCCUCCAAACCCCUUUUCCUUUUCUUUGCCCUGCUGCAGCCCUCCUGGGUUCCACUGGCUUGUCUCUCCACUGUCUCUGGAAGGAAAGGCCUAUUAGCAUUGUGUCCACUGGGAACUCUGAUUAGUUGUGUCUGACUUUACCCCCCUGGCUGUCAUCACUCUAGGAAUGUGCUAGAGUUCUGUGACCUUGAAAUCUAUUGCUAUUACUGUGUCUUGAAUAAAACAAACUCCACCCAC